GCCCGCCUGCUCUGGGUAGCUGCUGGCUGGUCGGCUCGGCCGGCGAACUUGUUUGGUUCGGUCCGGAGGAGGAGGCAGAGGUUCGAGAGCGUGUGUCGCCGCGUGCGUUCGCUGACAGCUCGUGCGCCGUGUUGUGUCGUGUCGUGUCGCGUGUGUCGUUUAUGUUGUGUUGUGCUUGUGUUUCAUCGUCUGUUGGCGUGACGGCCCCCUUUCCUUUACCGUCCGGUGCGCCCUCCGUGUGCCUCCAGCUGUGGCUGGCUGAUAGUGUGCGAAGCCCCCCCCCCCCGUCCCCUCCCUUGUGUCUUCCCCCGCUGUGUUCACCUUGCUCUUGGCCUCGACGCAGCAGAGCCCCGGCUUGGCAGCUCUCCCGGAUUGGAUAUGGACGCCGCCGCCGCCGCAACACUGAUCGCCGGGGGACGGGUUGACAACACGACCUCGGCCACCACCUCGUUGAAGACAACGUGACCCCCGCGUCCUCCUUCGGCAGGUGGCGCGGCUCGGCUAUGCGCACUCGCCGACCCCGCGCCCGCCAGGUCCAUCUAGACCAUGAUGGACACGGCCGUACAGCCCGCCUGGGGUCGCGGGCCGCCCUCCAAGCCGCCCGGUCCGGGCCCCGGCGCAGUGUUCCGACGUCCGCCGGGGACGGGCGGAGGCCGCCUCCUCAACGGCGGCGCCCGCGUGUCCCCGGGCCGGCGGCUGUCGGCGGCCGCUUCGCUGCCCCUGCUGCUACAGGACCCAGAUGAGGAGGAGGACGAGGCGCCGAGCCUCAACAACAUCCUGGACGCCGUGCCCGGGCUCGAGGUACCCGACGAUGAGGUGGCGCCGUCCCCGCGGCCCCGCCGGCCGCCCACGCCCCCGCCGCGCACGACCCCGCUGCGGACGGCCACCCCGACGUCGUCCCCGCCACCCACGCCCACCUACUGCAGCGACCUGUACUACUGCAAGCCCUGGCCGGCGGCGCUCGGCGAGCGGCCCGAGCUGCGCAGGACGUCCCCCCGCCAGCCCCGGCCCGAGCCCCGGCUGGACCCCCUGCCGCCGCCCCCGCGGCUGCCCGACCACUUCGACGAGAAGCAGUACCUGGCCAACAGGCAGCUGCGCCGGCGCUCGCACCACCAGCUGGAGGACGGCUGCCCGCUGCAGCAGUGGAGCAGCUUCCUGGACAAGCAGCCCCCGCCGCCGCCGCCGCGCGCACAGGCCCGCCGCGGCCGCGUGCCGCCCGCGCGCAGCCAGAGCCUGAGGACGCCGCGGCCGCCGCCGUACAUCCUGCGACAGGACCGUUUGGCCUCGCCCGACCCGAGGCCGAGGCCCGGCCAGAGGCUCGGCCAUGGCUGCGGCACGCGGCCAGCCCCUCGGCGCCCGCUCGGCCUCCUCGGCCCCCUUGGGCCCCCCGCCCCCGGGCCGCCGCCCCCGGGGCCGCCCCCGCCAGGCGUAGGCGGUGGUGGUGGUGGGCCUCAGCACUGUCAGCGCUCGCCCCGGGCCUCGCCCCGGGCCGUCGCCGCCAUGGCGAUGUGCUGCAUGCAGAGCGAGCGCGUGUUCCCGGCCUCGGACUCUGACGAGGAGGUGUGCCGCGGGGGCCAUGAACUGCCGCUCGAGUCGCAGUGGGCCGAGGCCUGCUCGCACCGCCAGCAGCACGCCGCCUUCCACACGGCCUCCAGGCAGUCGCGCCAGCAGCGCCAGACGCGCUCGGCGCGCGCCCAGCAGCAGGCGGGACACGCGCGCAGGUCCUUCUCGUCCUCCAUUGUGGCCGACCUCCGCGCUGUCGAGCAGGACUGCAUCUUGGAGUCACCGGCGCGGCUGUGCCCCUCGCGCAAGGGCGCCGCCACCGUAGACACCUCGCCGUCGCCGUGCCGGACGGACCCGGCAUGCUGGACGCCGCCGCCGCCCCCCACGGCGGACUCGCCCCUCGAGCCGCUGCCCCCCAUCGACCUUGCGGUCGGCGGCGAGCCCGUGGGCCGGGUGCGCCGGUUCCUGCGCGCCUUCCACCGCGAGCUGGGCGGGCGCGACCCCCCGCACGCGCCGCCCUGGGCGCCACCGCUGCCGCCGGGCACCACCGCGCCGCAGCGCAUGGACCCCGCCGUGUGCAUCCUGACCGGGGACACGCAGCGCGUCGACAUCCGCCUCGAGCAGAUCCUCUCGCCCGUGCGCACGGCGGACGGCGGCGUCCUGGAGGCGCCGCGCCGCGUGCUGGUGGAGGCGGGGCCCGCCAUGGGCAAGACCACGCUGGCGCUGCGGCUGCUGGCGGCCUGGGCCGACGGCGCGCCUUGGAUCCCGCCCGACGUGACGCUCGCCUUCCUCGUGCCGCUGCGGGAGCUGCGCGGCAACACCCUCGCCGCCUACCUGGGCAAGCAGCUGCUGCCCAAGUCCGCCGUGCCUGCCAACUUUGAUAAGAUCUGGCGCACCAUCAUGGGGCUGGAGGAGCGGCUUCUGUUCGUCCUGGACGGCUACGACGAGGCGGUGCGCGGCUACCCCGGCGUGCCCGGCGGCCGGGAGGCGCUGGGCGACGCGCUCGACCUGCUCGAGGGCCGGCUGCUCAAGGAGGCGCGCGUCGUGCUGACUUGCGGCUCGGGCUGGGCGCACGAGGUGGCCUCGUCCAUGCAGCGCCGCGUGCUCCUGAGCGGGCUGCAGUGGCCGCAGGUCGAGUCACUGUCGCGCACCUUCUUCAACGACGACGACAUGGCGGACCGCUUCCUGGACGCGCUCGCCGCCUCGGAGGACACGCUGCAGCCGCUCGCGCGGGCGCCGCUCGGCUGGAUGGCGCUGUGCUCGCUGUUCCAGGACGUGCAGGACCUGCCCGAGGACCCGCUGCAGCUGCACCAGGCCCUGUUCCGCUGCGUGGUGCGGCGCAGCCUGGCGCGCCGCGGCCAGACCCUGCUGCCGCCCGUCAGCCCCGCCCUGUCGGACAUCCCGCCGCACAGCCGCAAGGUGCUGGCCGACCUGGGCCGGCUUGCGCUCGUGGCCAUGAAGGACGACCGCGUCAUGUACACUGACAACGAGCUGCGCGUGCACUGCGGCUCGGCCGCGGGCGUGGCCUCGCUCGGCUUCCUGUGCCGCGGCCUCAACUUCGGCCGCGCCGCCGCCUCCCGCCGCGCCAUGGAGUUCUACACGCCCGUCUUCCGCUCCAUGGCCGAGUUCCUGGCCGCCUACUACAUGGCCUCGGUGGCCAGCUACGCCAAUAUCCUGCGCCGCGACUUGCAGCUGCUGCCCGGGCUGUCCGAGGCGCUGUCCGCCGGCCUGGGCGAGCAGACGGGCGGUCCCGCCGAGACCGUCCUGCUGUUCCUGCUGGGGCUGCUGGGCCGCCGCGGCCACCUGGUGCUGGGGCAGUUCUCUCCGCUGGACGCCACGCCCCGCUCCGUCUUCCCGCUGCUGCGCGCCGCGGGGCCCUCGGAGGACAACGUGGACGCGGCGUGCCGGCUGCUGGGGGCGGCGGCCGGGCCGGGCCCGGACCAGGGCGUGCAGGCCACGGUGCACUGCCGCGAGCUGGAGCUGGAGGGCUGGGCCUGCGUCCUGCGCACGCCCAGCUGCACGCUGGCCUCCCUCGAGCUGGUCGUGGCCGCGGACGGCGACGGCCGCCUGGAGCCGCUCUUCUCUGCGCUCUCGGCGAACCGGUCGGUCCGGAGCGUGCGCGUGUCCACGCUGCUCGGACACGAGCUCUCGGCGCACCAGCUGCACCGCCUGGCCAAGCAGCUGCACGCCGUGCUGUCUCGCGCGCGCACGCACGCCUUCGAGCUCGUGGUGGCCUGCUUGGAGGAGAGCGCGCACGACCGCUUCCAGUGCCUGGUGGACGCGCUCUGCACCGGCCUGCGCUCGCCCAGCUGCGCCGUAGCCCGCCUCCUCGUCGACAUCAACCUCAACUGCGCGCAGCUGCAGCAGCUGCUCUCUGCUCUGCGUGGCUCGGCCGUCCGCACGCUGCAGCUGCCGCACCUGGGCUGCGGCUCGGCCGGCCUGCGCGCCCUCACGCAGCACCUGCGCGCGCACCACGCCAUCGACGCCCUCAGCCUGGCCGGGUCCUGGGGCGCUCGCAACCACGGCGCAUCGGAGAGCGGCGGCAGCAUGGGCUCGGGCGGGUCCGGAUCGUGCUUCUCGUCGCUGCCGCGGGGCGCGCUGGGGCUGCACGGCUCGCUGUCUCGGCCCGCCACGCUGCCCCGCCAGCCGCUGGCCGCCCACAUCCUGGGGCUGGGCCCGGGCCCCACCCCGGGCGGCGGCGCCACCGACUCGGGCUACGGCAGCGCCGACACCAAGCGCGGCUCUGAUUCGCUCCUAUGGCGCGGGCAGGCCACGGGUGCGCUGCCCGUUUGCGACGUGGCCUCGCACGCGGGCUCCGGCUUCCACGACGUGUUUGACGCGAUCCGGGACGCGAGCUGCCAGCUGCGGAACCUCAACGUCAGCAAGUGCCUGCUGUCGCCCGGCGAUGCGACGUGCCUGGGCGCGGCGGUGCGGGGCGGCUCGCUGACGGCGCUGCGGCUGGAGGGCGCGGCCCGCCUCUGGGAGGUGCUGCCCGCGCUGCUGGCGCUCGCCGCCGACCCGCCGCUGCAGCUCCUGGACGCCUCCUCGCCCCGCCUCUCGCUGCCCGACGGGCCCGCACAGCAGGUCUUCACCGCGCUCGCCAAGAACGCCAACCUGCGCCUGCUGUCGCUGGACGGCUGGACCUUCCGCUUCGAGGAGGAGGCGACGCUGCGAGGCCUGCUGACGCUGCUCAGCCGGACGGGCAUCCGCGACCUGUCGCUGUCCGGGUGCCGGUUGCACUGCGCGGGCACCGGCCUCGGGGUCGGGCGCAGCGACGCUGAGCUGCAGGGCAUGCUGCUGUCGGCGCUGGCGGCCAGCGCGCCCGACCUGCCCGCCAGCCUCGCCUGCACCGAGCUGCUGUUCCUGCGCCUGGCCGGCCUGCAGGUCUGGGUGCGCGACCGCGUGGCGCUGCGCGGCCCGCAGCUGCUGCCCUUCCUGCGCGGCCUGGGCUCUCUGCGCGAGCUGGACCUGAGCGCGGAGCGCGAGGACGCCGCCGGCCCCGGCACCCCGGGGCCCGGCCAGCCGGGGCCGCUCGUCAUCGACGAUAAGGCGCUGGCGUCGUUCUGGGCGGGGCUGGCCGAGAGCCUGCGCUCGCUCCAGACGCUGCACAUUGCCCACUGGCGGCUCCGACUGGACGACCCCGAGCGCACCCUGCGCGCCGUCGCCAAGUCCAUGCGCAGCUGCCCGCUCGUGUGUCUGCGCGCCGACGGCCUGGUCGCCUGCGACGCCAACAGGGUCCCGCUGGAGCACCUGUUCCUCCAAACGGCGAGCGCCAACCUCUGCUGCCUGGGCCGCCUCGGCCUGUCCGGCGUCACGCUGUCUCCCGGACAGGCCACGGCGCUGGGCCGCCACAUCCGAGACCGCUUCCCCGGCGCCAGCCUCUCGCUGCAGGUGGCCAACGUGGCGAGCGCGUCCGUGUGCGCCCUGAUGGCCGCCCUCCAGGACGGCGGCAAGGUGGACGUCAGCUGCCUGGCGGGCUCGCCGCCGCAGCUCCGCGUCAACAGGGUGGUCAGCGCCCCCAAGGCCAGGCGCUUCCGGACGAGGUUCGCCUCUCUCCGCGACUAAAGUAAAGCCUGACGCCCAUUCUUCUUUCUCACAAACCGCGAGAGGGCCACCAUCCAUGAUUUGCAUCGCCCUCGCGGUGCGUCUUUCCAUUUUGUCGGUGCGUUUUGUAGGCAGACCGAUUGAACUGAAAUUUUCCAACACAACAUUGAGUCCUAAUAACUUGUUUUUUGGAAGCCUACCUUUCAAAAAGGACCACAGUAACGAAUAAAUGCGAACGAUCGCUCUUGCCAUAUCGAUUUGUAACUUAUUAAAUAAACUUUUCACAUAUUACAGUGCUGAUAAAAAGAAAAAUGAAUUUCUCUAGAAAGGGGUAAAUUUUUGCCGUAUCGGGAAAGCUGUAGUUAUACACAAUCGCAAUACCUUUCUUCACAGCAGCAAACAAAUUCGAUCAAAAUAUUGAUGUUUGAUAGCAUCUGCCAACAUAUUAGGAAAAUUUGAUGUUGUGUUGAGUGUACAUUAUUUGAGAUGCUCAUAUUUUAAGUCUACUAGGAUUUAAGAUAUUACCUUAUAAAUUGAACUUUUCUGCGCCUGUCAAAGAGUGCAUGGACUUCCUGUGUUAUCUGACAACACUAUUCUCCUAGUCGUCUGUACCAAAUUUAGUAUAGCAAGGUUAUCAUUUGCUUUGACUUGCACAGCUCACUAUUUAAAAGGCACUGCUGGGCAAAGAUUGAUUUUUAGUCACUGUUUGUAGAAAUUUAUCAUACAUUUCCUUGACCCAACUAUAUGAAUGUAUAAAGAAAAUACACUUCUGCUACCAGAAGUACUUAUAUUGUUACACAUCCUUCUUUCUUCAAUUUGAUGUUCUUAGCUGUAAGAGCCCUGGCUGUAAAUCAUUUGUAUUUUUUUACAAAAACAUAAGUAUUAUGCUAAUAAUUUUGUGAUGCCUUUAGAUAGAAAUACUAAGAUUGGUAAUUCAUUUCUUAGAUUGAAAAGUGCAGAAGGAAAAGAAAAGAAGUACAUGGAUACCGCUGAGUGCCUUCAUAAUUGUUUGAAAUGAGAAAGCAAGAGCAAAGUUCGUAAAAGAAAGGGCUGGUACCGUUAUAUGUUCGAUAUUUAAGACAGAUGUAUUAGUGUAAUUUGUAUAUUAAAGCAUUCAUAUCUUGCCCCAAAUUUCUCAAAUAUAUAAAUAUAUAUGUUAAAGAAAAA